AUGCCGCCUCCAAUGUAUCGCCAAAUGUUCCCCGACGCCGAAAGAUCGGACUUGUUUAAAAGGUUAAGUGUUUACCCUGUUCGCCCAGGCACAAGGGACUUUUUUGUGCACUUCCACACGGAAGUCCUGGCGGUUAAAACAUGGGAGGAACAAAAGGGUUUUUAUUUGCCCUGGGGCGUGAACUGUGCUGUCCCGGAGACGUUGCAACACACGUUUUUGUAUUGUUCUAAUGCCGAACUCUUUUGGGCGCAGCUACGCGCAACGUUAAAGAUUAAGCUGUACCCAACAUGGCACAGCAUGAAGUUUCUUGUCACUCCUGAUCCGCAACAAAGCAGGUGUUACGAACUUCUCUCUCUGAUGGGUCUGCAUGCGAUAUGGAACUCGCGCACCGAUCAUACUUUGGUGCGUGAACGCGGAAAAUCGACGUGGCGCCACUUUCUAGAUGGUUUCAAGUAUACGUCAUCGGUCACCAAAGAAACCUCUUUUGAGGAAACAGAGCACUGGGAGAGAUUCCAAUCUCUAGUGAAGUAA